UUAUUAUCCUCGGAACACUUCACAACGGCACGGAAGGAAUCACUCACCCUUACGCUCUCCCACUCACCCCUCUUCUGAACUCCACAAAUGGCCUUCCUCUCCACUCUCUUCCUCGCCCUCCCCAGAAGAACGGCUUUACUGGAGAGAAGAACUAUUGUCUAACAAUGGAAAACCAAAUUCCCAAAUCAAAUACCAGCCAGAAUACUCUCAGGAUGCAGAGCAGCCACAUAUCAAUCUCCGACACCGAGUCUCAGGCUAGUCAGAUCGAUUCCUUCCACUCGCCUCUCCGUUACGAUUCGCCCCUCCGCUCCGACGAACCCUUCUCCGACCCUGAUCACACUUCUCUUCCGGUCUCUUCUAAGGCGGUUUCUGUGAUAGACAAACGCCCCUCUCCGCUCUAUUAUCCGCGGAAGUCAUCUCCCUCGGAGCACCUCAGCCAGCCUCCGACGCCCGCACUGCCGCCGUCCAUAGACCGAUCGUCGCCGAAGGUGUACUACAGUAAGUCCCGUGCAGAACCUGGGGACACGAAGGUGGGGUCGGUUAGGGGUAAUAAUGGUCAGGCGGAGGUCGGUGAGCGUAGGUUCAAGGCGGCGGUCACUAGAGCUGCGUUAGGGUUUAGGGUUUGCGAGGCGGUUUUCUGUUUGAUUUCCUUUUCGGUUAUGGCCGCUGAUAAAACUCAAGGCUGGAGUGGCGACUCUUGGGAUCGGUACAAAGAAUACAGGUAUUGUUUGGCAGUGAAUGUUAUUGGAUUUGUAUAUUCUGGAUUUCAAGCUUUUAAUGUAUCCUACUAUUUGGCCACUAAGAAACACUUCAUCUCUCACCACCUGCGACAUCAUUUUGAUUUUGCCAUUGAUCAGGUUUUGGCAUACCUUUUGAUGUCGGCAUCGUCUUCGUCUGCAACAAGGGUUGAUGACUGGGUAUCAAAUUGGGGGAAAGAUGAAUUCACAGAAAUGGCGACUGCAUCAAUCGCCAUGUCCUUCUUGGCUUUCGCUGCCUUUGCUUUGAGUUCUCUUUUGUCUGGUUACAACCUCUGCAACCGCGUCGCAUGAUACUUUACUCCGGAAGAUCCAAUGUGUAUAUGUAUAUAUGUGUGUGUGUAUACUCACACAUAUAUUAUUGAAACACUACAUUUCAUUUAUAAAAAGGAUGCAACUAAUGCAAACUUUAUAGAUGACCUAUUUCCUCAUAUAAGUUUGUCACCGCAGUUUCGAUGUUUUCUUUCACUUCCACUAUUUUGUGAGAG